CAGAUUCAAAACGGAGUUCAAGAGGGAGGAUUCUGAGGAAAUUGACAACAGUGGAAAUGAAGACUCAGAUUUCGAUUUUAUGGAAAGAAAUGAGUCUGACGACUCUGCAGGCGGAGAACAGCACACGAAAUCCAGGAAAUCUAUUAAUAAGGGCCGAUGGAGCAAAGAGGAGGACACCAGGUUAAAACAGCUAGUGGAAGAAUUUAACGAGAAGUGGGAUUUAAUUGCUGAAAAUUUCCCGGAUAGAUCCGAUGUCCAAUGUCAGCAAAGGUGGACGAAAGUCGUCAACCCUGAACUGGUCAAGGGUCCCUGGACAAAAGAAGAGGAUGAAAAAGUGAUCGAACUAGUCAAUAAGUACGGUGCCAAAAAAUGGACGUUAAUCGCUCGCCAUUUGAAGGGCAGAAUCGGAAAACAAUGCAGGGAGAGGUGGCACAACCAUCUGAACCCGAAAAUUAAGAAAAGCGCCUGGACCGAACAAGAAGAUGAAAUCAUCUACCAAGCGCACCAAAUGCUGGGCAAUCAGUGGGCGAGGAUUGCCAAACUGCUGCCGGGUAGGACUGACAAUGCCAUUAAAAAUCAUUGGAAUUCGACGAUGCGGCGGAAAUAUGAGUCAGAGAGUCGAGAAAACGGAGAUUCGAGAAGAGGAAGGCAUAGGAAAAUCUCGCGGCAGAAUGAAAAUAGUCUGUACUCGCAAUUUGUUCAUCAACGAAGUCAGGGGUCUCAAGUCGAGACCAAUGAUAUGGUACAAAUCAAACAGGACAAUUCUUCAGUUUACACAGAGGAAUGGGCGGUAGAAAUGUACGACCAAGCCAGCAGCCAGUCGAGCACGGGAGGCUUCUCGAUAGGCGCUCCCACUCCCAGUCCGAGCCCCUUGCCGCCCACUCCUCGGCACGCGGGAGCCACUUUCGAACGGACGAACCCCUCGCCCUCCAGGGCUACGCAAAACAACAACGAAGUGGUGACCUUCAACUAUGCCUACACCAGUCAGCCGUCGCCGCCUUUGAAUGACGACGGGAUGGCCGAGUUCGACAUGGGCUUCUAUAAUUCGCCAGGAGUGAGCCCUUUGAAGACGAAUAAUAGACAAUUCAUAAAAGCCAGAGUGGUUCCCCCAAAUUACUCUCAAAACACGCAAGUACCUGUCGCGAACGCCCUGGGCAUGCUUCGAUCGUCCACCCCGCCGAUCCUCAGACGAGGCAAAUCGAGAAGAAGGCGAGACAGCGACGAUCAGAUAUCGGAAAACGUCGUCGUUCCCAGCACCAGUGCUGGCAGAACCGACGACAUGGACUUUUUGCUGGACGGGGCCAAACCGACGAUAUUCAGCCCGCUGAGGAACGGCGGUUCGCCGAUAAAGCAGCUGCCGUUCAGCCCUUCGCAGUUCCUCAACAGCCCCAACAUGUCGAACCUCACGUUCGACGUGACGCUUUCUUCCACCCCAAAGACCCAUGCUGGACUGAUAAUGACGCCUGUGAAGAAUAGAGUGAGACCAGACCGAGAUUAUAGCCCUCUGAGCACUCCCCAUGGCCUGUCUAUCAAAAACGAAGCCUCAGCUUCAUGUUCCACGGAGGUGUCAACGCCGAGUAGGCGCUUUAAUAGCGACACCCCUCGCACUCCCACUCCAUUCAAGAAGGCCCUGGCCGAUCUCGAGAAAAAGUCUGGACCAAUCACCCAUCUUCCCGACACGCCCUCUUCCAGGCUGGAAGAUAUCACGGAAAUAAUGAAAAAGGACCAGGACAGCUCUCAUUAUGAUACCGAUUCCAGUAUGGUGGUCACUAACGAUAGUGGAUAUAUGACUGGAAAGAGGAAAGGAAGUGGUUCUGGUGCUGAAAAAGAAAAUGUUCUUCCAAACAAGAAAGUUCGCAAAGCUCUCGCUCCAUCGUGGGCGGCUUCUUCCUCCCAAAUGAACACAUCAGACAUCUCCUUUGCCAUCGAGACCCCUAGUAAAUCGUUGGGUGAUGACACGUCAAUUUUGUUCUCUACCCCGUCGUCAAUAAUGAAAGAUUCAUUGGGAGUGACUGGAUUAAUGGAUCUGCCUCCGCAUUCUGGAUCCUCCAAGUGCCUGCUCCCAGCCAGUGCCUCAAAUCGAGUCCCCUCAGGCCUACGCAGCACCGCAGCCAAGCGGAUCAGCUUCGAAGACCCUAAGCCUAAAGCUCCAAAGCUUGACUACCUGUGGGUUACAGUAGCUUGUGGCCAAACCCAAGAUCAGUUGGAAUUGACUGAAAAAGCCCAUCGUUUUUUGAAAACCAAGAGUUUGAAGCCUCGUUCUAUUAAUUUCUAG